UGUCAAAAAAAAUAAAAAAAAACAACAACUUGUGCUAGUGACCCUCUCUUUCCUCUUCGGAUAUUUCUAUAUAACAUUGCAUUCUACAGACGAAAUUCCAAUCAACGAUUUUCAUAAAAAAAACCCUUGAUUUUCAGUGACCCAAUUGAAAAAAGAAGCAAACUUUGAAUCCAUAUUUCAAAUUUCUGAGAAUUUGGAUGGAGAAUGAUGCUGGGUCACCUCAGGGUCCGGUUACUUGCGGGUCAUGGAUUCGGAGACCCGAAAAUCUCAACCUAGUUGUUCUUGGAAGGUCCAAGCGUGGAAAUUCUUGUCCUGCUUUGCUUCAGAUUUUCUCCUUUGACCCUAUAACCGUUUCUUUGUCUACUUCCCCUUUGACCAACUUUGUGUUAGAAGCCGAGGAAGGUGAUCCUGUUGCCAUUGCUGUGCAUCCUAGCGGUGAUGAUUUCAUGUGCUCUUUGAGCAAUGGUAGCUGCAAAUUGUUUGAGCUGUAUGGUCAUGAAGCAAACAUGAAACUGUUGGCCAAGGAACUGACCCCUCUACAGGGUAUUUGUUCCCAGACAUGUAUUACUUUUAGUGUUGAUGGAUCUAAAUUUGCUGCUGGUGGGUCGGAUGGACAUCUCAGAAUUAUGGAGUGGCCUAGCAUGCGCAUAAUUUUGGAUGAACCAAGAGCACACAAAUCUGUCCGGGAUAUGGAUUUUAGUCUAGACUCAGAAUUUCUAGCUUCAACUUCUACUGAUGGUUCAGCGAGAAUCUGGAAGGUUGAAGACGGUGUUCCUGUGACCACUCUGUCUCGCAACUCGGAUGAAAAAAUUGAAUUAUGUCGAUUUUCCAAGGAUGGAACCAAACCAUUUCUAUUUGGCGCUGUUCAAAAAGGGGAUAAGUCUCUUACAGCGGUUUGGGACAUGAGUUCAUGGAACAAAAUAGGGCACAAGAGGCUGCUUAGAAAGUCUGCUUCAGCAAUGGCCGUUAGCCACGACGGGAAAUACCUUUCUCUGGCAAGUAAAGAUGGAGACAUAUGUGUAGUUGAAGUAAAAAAGAUGCAGAUACACCAUUAUAGCAAGAGACUACACCUCGGUACAACUAUCGCAACAUUGGAUUUCUGUCCUAGUGAAAGGGUUGUACUUACAACCUCAGUAGAAUGGGGAGCAUUGGUCACUAAACUGAAUGUACCUAAAGAUUGGAAAGAGUGGCAGAUAUACUUGGUGCUUUUAGGACUAUUUUUAGUGUCAGCAGUUGCAUUUUACAUAUUCUUCGAGAACUCUGAUUCAUUCUGGGGAUUUCCAAUGGGAAAAAACCAACCAGCUAGGCCAAGGUUUAAACCAAUGAUGAGAGACCCUCAAUCAUUUGAUGAUCAAUGGGGACCAGUAGAUAUGUGACCGCGUCUACGUGUUAUUGUUCGAUUGGAAGUAGUAUCAGUAGCUGUUAGUGGUAUCAAAAUUCAACUCAGGAGAGACUGUUUACACAUGUAGAAUUAGGCAAUUGAUUGCCAUCACAAGAAUUUUUACUUUUGUUUCCUGUUCUUUUUGCUGAAAAUUUUAAACCCAAAAGGCCAUUAUUGUGAUAUGUACUUGAAUUUUAAAAUAGAAAUAGUCAAAUUGUUUCUUGAAAUUUGCAAGAUGAUAUUGAGGCUGUUAUGCAACCAUGAAUGGAUUUACGAGAAAA